CGCUGCCUCACACCAUCGCUGGCUGGCCAGAAGCAGCGUCUGACGGCUGCAUCCUUUGCUGUAGCAACGCGGCUUCUCCAUCCUCCUCUCUGCGUCGUCUGCACCUGACAUCCUGAACGCGCGUCUGUUGUGUCUCCACAGGGGGCCAUUGUGAUUUCUCCUUUUUUUGGGGGGUGGGAAAAAAACAACAACACCACGGACAUGAUGGGUAACAAAGAACGACGAGGCGUGAAUUUGAAAGGCUUGCUGAAGAGGAACUGGCUUCUGAUUGCCACGGUUAUAUCAGUGCUGCUCGGGAUCAGUUUGGGCAUUGUGGUCAGAGACUAUGCCUCCCUCUCCCAUCUGGACAAGCAGUAUUUUGGCUUCCCGGGAGAGAUUCUCAUGCGGAUGCUGAAGCUUGUCAUCCUCCCGCUCAUCAUUUCAAGCAUGAUAACAGGUGUUGCAGCCCUGGACUCCGAGGUUUCGGGAAAGAUAGGCCUGCGAGCUGUUAUUUAUUAUUUCUCAACAACCAUCAUUGCGGUUAUUCUUGGGAUUAUUUUGGUGAUGACUAUCAAACCGGGAGUCUCUCAGACAGCUGACCACAUUGACAGAGCCGGGACCACGCCCAACGUCACAACAGUGGACACACUUUUGGACCUCGUCAGAAACAUGUUCCCCGAAAAUCUGGUGCAGGCUUGUUUUCAGCAAUACAAGACCAAGCGCAAAGAGUUGGAGCCUCCGAAAGUUUCAGUCAACACCACCACAAUUCCCCCUCUCACAACUACUAUCAUGUCGGUGGUAGAGAACAUAACAAAGGACUAUCAAAUCGUCGGGACAUAUUCUGAUGGAAUCAACGUAUUGGGGCUCAUCGUGUUCUGCGUUGCUUUUGGCCUCGUCAUUGGGAAAAUGGGCGAAAAAGGCCGUAUCCUCCUGGAAUUUUUUGAUGCCCUGAAUGAAGCGACCAUGAAACUGGUCCAGAUCAUUAUGUGCUACAUGCCAGUAGGGAUCCUGUUCCUAAUUGCUGCUAAGAUCAUCGAGGUGGAAGACUGGGAGAUCUUCAAGAAGAUGGGUCUUUAUAUGGUGACGGUGCUGAGUGGUCUAGCUAUCCACGCCACCAUCUGUCUGCCACUGAUCUUCUUUGUCAUUGUGAGGAAGAACCCGUAUACGUUUGCGUUGGGAAUGGCUCAGGCCCUGGUGACAGCACUCAUGAUCUCAUCCAGCUCGGCCACCCUGCCCAUCACCUUCCGAUGUGCGGAGGAGAACAAUCGCAUCGACAAGCGCAUCACCCGUUUCGUCCUCCCAGUGGGCGCCACCAUUAACAUGGACGGGACGGCGCUCUAUGAGGCGGUGGCCGCCAUCUUCAUCGCACAGCUCAACGACUUCACUCUGGAUGUGGGCCAGAUUGUUACUAUCAGUAUAACAGCAACAGUUGCCAGUAUUGGAGCUGCAGGAGUCCCUAAUGCUGGCCUUGUCACCAUGGUCAUAGUCUUAACAGCUGUUGGAUUACCUGCAAGUGAUGUCACUCUGAUAGUCGCUGUGGAUUGGCUGCUGGACCGGUUCCGUACUAUGAUCAACGUCCUUGGCGAUGCUUACGGAGCCGGUAUCGUCCAGAAACUUUCCAAGAGGGAACUGGAGAGGAUGGAUCUGACAUCAGACGUCGAUGUUGCUAACCCCUUCGCUCUGGAAGCCAGUUUGGAUGACGAAGAGUGCGAGAAGAAAUCCUACGUCAACGGAGGCUUUACGGUCGACAAGACAGAUGCCAUCUCCUUUACCGAAACCUCUCAGUUUUAGCCUGUUGGUUGGUACAGAGGAGCAGAGAAAGUGCCAUGCUGCUAUGGAUGG